CUCCUCCGCGGAACCCGCUUGUUGGAGCUCCGGGUUGGUCAGGCCUGAGUGGGCCCUAGGCGGACGUGUGCAGGGUCGGACCAAGAUGGCGGUGCAGGUGGUGCAGGCGGUGCAGGCGGUUCAUCUCGAAUCGGAUGCUUUCCUAGUUUGUCUCAACCACGCUCUGAGCACAGAGAAGGAGGAAGUGAUGGGACUCUGUAUAGGGGAGUUGAAUGAUGACACAAGGAGUGACUCUAAAUUUACAUAUGCCGGAACUGAAAUGCGCACAGUUGCUGAAAAGGUCGACACCGUCAGAAUUGUUCACAUUCAUUCUGUCAUCAUCUUGCGACGCUCUGAUAAGAGGAAGGAUCGAGUGGAAAUUUCUCCAGAGCAGCUCUCUGCGGCCUCAACAGAGGCAGAGAGGUUGGCUGAACUAACAGGUCGCCCCAUGAGAGUUGUGGGCUGGUAUCAUUCCCAUCCUCACAUAACUGUUUGGCCUUCACAUGUUGAUGUUCGCACACAAGCCAUGUACCAGAUGAUGGAUCAAGGCUUUGUAGGACUUAUUUUUUCCUGUUUCAUAGAAGAUAAAAACACAAAGACUGGCCGGGUACUCUACACUUGCUUUCAAUCCAUUCAGGCCCAAAAGAGCUCAGAGUAUGAGAGAAUUGAAAUCCCAAUCCAUAUCGUACCUCAUGUAACCAUUGGGAAAGUGUGCCUUGAAUCAGCAGUUGAGCUGCCCAAGAUCCUGUGCCAAGAGGAGCAGGAUGCAUAUAGAAGGAUUCACAGUCUCACACAUCUGGACUCGGUAACCAAGAUCCAUAAUGGCUCAGUGUUUACCAAGAAUCUGUGCAGUCAGAUGUCAGCAGUCAGCGGGCCUCUCCUACAGUGGUUGGAGGACAGACUGGAGCAAAACCAACAGCAUUUGCAGGAGUUGCAACAAGAAAAGGAAGAGCUUAUGCAAGAACUUUCUUCUCUAGAAUAAAGUGGAAGACAAAAUGGGGAAAAAUGAAAGUAUCCAGAUAUAAAAUUAAAUAAGUUAAGUCAAUUUUGAGGAAAAAGUUGGAAGGACUCACAUCACCUGACUUCAAGACUUACUAUAAAGCAGGAACAAUCAAGAUGGUAUACUAUAUAACCAACUGAUUUUUGACAAAGGUGGAAAAGCAACUCAAUGGAGAAAGGAUAGUCAUUUCAACAAAUGAUGCUGGAGAAACUGGACACCCCAAGGCAAAAAAUGAACUUUGACAUAAAAUGCACAGCUUAUAUAAAAAUUAGCUCAAAAUGUAUCAUGGACUUAAAUGUAAGAUGUAAAACUAUAAAAAUUUUAGAAAUGAAAUCAUAGAAAAGUUGGGCUAGGCAGCAAGUUCUCAGCCUUCACCCCUAAAGCACAAUCCUAAAAGGAAAAGUGGAUAUAUUAGACUUUAUCAAAAUGAAAAACUUUUGCUCUGCAAAAAAUUUAAGAGGAGGAAAUUAUUGAGGGAAUUAUUUGCAAACCAUAUAUCUGAUCAAUCUAGAAUAUAUAACAGUAAAAACCAACAAUCCAAUUAGAAAGUGAGCAAAAAACAUUUUACUAAAGAGGAUAUAUGGGUAGCAAGUAAGCACAUGAAGAGAUCAUGAACUUCAUUAGUCAUUAGGGAAUGCAAAUUUAAAUCACAAUGAUUUAUUACUUCAUAUUUAUCAGAACAGUUAAAGAAAACUUGAAAAUACCACAUGCUUGCUGUUCAGCAUGCAUACUGGAUCUCUCAUUCAUGGCUGGAAGGAAAUAAAAUGAAAUUUUAAUAAAAUGAAAUAUACAUAUACCAUAUGACCCAGCCAUCUAACUCCUAGACAUUUAUCACAGAGAAAUGAAAACCUAUGUUGGCAAGAAAACUUGUAUACAAAUGUUCUUAUCACCUUCAUUUGUAAUAGCCCCAAACCGGAAGCAACCCACAUGUCCUGCAGUUGAGUGGUUAAACCAAUCAUCCAUAACAUGGAAUACUACUCUUCAAUCAAAAGGAAUAGACUAUUAACACACACAACUUGGAUGGACCUCAAGGGUAUCAUGGUGAACUUUAAAACAAAAACAGACUGAAAAUGUCACAUACUAUAUAAUUGAUUUAUAUAACUUUCUUGAAAUGACAAAAUUACAGAAAUGAAGAACAGAUUAAUAGUUGCCAAGCAUAGGGACUGGAGGGGUAUGGAACAUAUGUGACUAUUAAUGGAUAACACAAGGAGUUCCUUUGUGCUGAUGGAGCAGUUCUAUAUCUUGACUGUAGUGUUGAUUAAAUGAAUUUAUAUCUGUGCUAAAACUACAUAGAUGCACACAUAUCCACAAAUUAAUGCAUGUAAAAUUGAAGUAAGUUCUGCAAUCUAGUAAGGUGUAUUGGACCAUUAUAUCAUGAAACUGGGUAAGGUCUACAGUCUAGUAAGGAGUAUUGUACCAUUUUCAAUAUGUUGGUUUUGAAGUAGUACUAUACUUACGUAAGAUCUUAUUACUGGGAGAUACUGGGUACAUGAGACUCACUAUACUAUUUGCAACUUCCUGUAAAACUAUAAUUAUUGCAAAAUAAAAAGUUAUAAAUAUUAAGGUACUAAAAUUAUGGUACUUAUUUUAUGAAAUAAGAUUGAUAAAAAUAAAAUCUAAGGGCAAUAAAA